GAACACCAUCAUAACUAUCCCCCAUUCCUUUGUUGGAGUCCCCUGUUAAGUUAGCCCGCUUUUCGGUGUUCAACAACGAUCGUUACUCGCGGUCGACUGCUACAUCGCCAUCUUCAUACUUAGGGAUCACAUCUGCUAGUCAGAGGAUCUCGAUCAAGUCAGGCCUGCAUUCAUUCACCAGCAAUAUCUAUCAGUCGUUUGCACACAGUUUGCCCGACUGAGCACAACAACACGACUCCUAUCGCCCGGCCACCUGGCUCGUGUUGCGUGAGUCUCGGAACCAUAUCUACCAGCGCAUUUUUCGUGCGGCAGCCGCACAUCGACGACAACGGGCCCAUCCUCCGAACUCAGCUCUGCUUUAUCAAUGCUGUCCAAUCCACCCAACAUGAGCGGGCUUCACUCGCGGCAACGCCAACAUCGGCGGCAAAACUCGACGCCAUCGGCCUUUGAGGCAGUGAAGAUCGCACCCUUGCCCAGCUUCCAACAGCGACCGCACACGUCCCACCGACGAGGCCUCAGCCUGGACACGCGAGGACAACAACCCGGCUCGACACCGAGGCCCAUUACCCCGCGACCGAGCUACCCAGCGGUAAGUAUGUCGGGAACCAACCCAGGAACACCAACGACGCCACAGCAUGUACUGCGAGAAGCGCAGCAGCAACGCACAGCGCGCCCGGGCCCCAGCCUGCCCAUUUUCACGCAACAGGAAAGCGACGCCUUCCUCAUGUCGCCUCAGGUCACGUUCCCGGGCCGACAGUUCGCGACGGAAGCCGCGCAAGGACCAACAGACAACAUUCACGGUCUUUCACUAGACUUGUACUCGGGAUCUUUUGGCAUGGACUACUUUGGCGCCGAUAGUGCGCUCUCCACACCAAGCUUCAUGAACUUCCCAGACUCCAGCCCAGCUGGAGCAUCCCAAGGGUGGAUAUCGGAUGGCGAGACAGCGAGCAACCACUCACGACGAGGGUCCCGACGUAUAAGCAACGGGAUUCUGGACAAGGUUGCCAAGUUCGAGGCCCUAGACAAUGGACCCGGUUCCCCGUCGUUACAGAGGCCGUGUACGCCUAACAGUCAGACUGGGAUUGGUUACUUCACUCAAACGCCGGUCCAGACACCGAUAAAGCAAGAGCCAGACUCCGUUCAAGUACCGAGCAGGUUCUCAGAAGGUUACGAUGAGUCGAUGGAGGAAACUCUCAAGCCUAUCCGCAAGAGGCCCAGCAAUCGAAACUCCGGCAUCUUCCAAGACUUCCGCCAGCAAGCGGAGGCCAUGGCGACGACGCCUCCCCGCACAGGCAGCAUCCCCAUGGCCAUGACAAGCCACGUACCAUCGACGCCGGACUUCAUGGACAUGCGCAAGAUCAGCGCUGAGUUCAAGAAGAUUGAGAGCAGCUUUGAGAGCUUCCCAACUUGCCCGCCGGAGAUGCAAGCCAUGCCUUCGCCGGUGCGGUCUGGGACGCCCGACCUUGUACCUCGGGGAGCUUUCGAGCUUAGGCCCAAUUUGCAACCUCCGAUCGAUUUCGCCUCCUCGAGCACCACUCAUCUUCCUGGCGGGUCCUCUCCGGCCAGUAAAAUGCCCUCUCGUCGCUGUUCACCGCAUCGUCGAGCGGAUUCGAUUGCUUCGAUGACGAGUGCCGCGAGUAUCGCCGAUAUCAACAUUGAAGAGACCAGGACAGAAACCGGGGUGACGCUUGAGGAUAUCGCUGCUUUCAUCCAGGGACCUGACCCAACAACGGGUAAGUGGGUGUGUCUCUAUGAGAACUGCAACAAACCCUUCGGUCGCAAGGAGAACAUCAAGAGCCAUGUCCAGACACACCUCAACGACAGGCAGUACCAGUGCCCAACAUGCAAAAAGUGCUUCGUUCGUCAACACGAUCUGAAGCGACAUGCCAAGAUCCACACAGGCAUCAAGCCCUACCCGUGCCAGUGCGGCCAGAGCUUUGCCAGGCACGAUGCCCUCACACGCCACCGACAGCGAGGCAUGUGCAUCGGCGCGGUGGACGGGGUCGUGCGAAAAGUGGCGAAGAGAGGCAGACCCAAAAAGAUCCGACCAGAGAUGGAGGAGCGCAAAGAGAAGGCCGAGCGGACAAGGCGCAAGAACAAGCUCACGGAAGCCGAAGCCUGCUCAGCCAGCAGUCAGUCCGGAUACUCGGACACCUGCAGCUCGGCUGCAAAUUCUCCCCGCAACGACUUCGACGGCCUGCUCGAAGACGAUCAGUUCCCCGGAAUCACAGAGACAGCCCUGCUGUCUAUGUCAAAUGCAGCAACCAUGGACCCAACCAACCUAGGGGUCUCAAGCGCGCCCAUGCCGUCUACCCUCAGUGGCAGCUUCAGCGCCAUGUCCCCGUCCGCCACGAGCGACUACAGCCACACAUCCCACACCUCGCACGCCUCCGUCGUCGGCGGCAACACCAUCCUUCCGCACGUAAAAAGCGAGCCCUACCACAACCACCACAACGCACCACCGUCCCCUGCCAAGAGCACGGCAAGCCACUACACCCACGGUCCCUGCAGCCCGCCGGGCCUCUCCUCAACAGGCUCCCCGCCGCCCACAGGCACCAGCGCGCGCUUCUUCGAGCUCAACAGCGAUGCCAACAACACCAGCAUGAGUUCAGAGGCGAGCAUCAUCGGAUUAGGCACAACAGCAGCCGCCAACCUAGCCGCCUCCUCAUCCUCUUCCUCCACCUCAUCCUCCUUGUCAUCAUCGUCCUCCUCGUCUUCCUCGUUGCAGGAGAGCUCCGCAACCCCGCUGUCCGGCAGCGUCAUGGUUCCUGGUCUGGCGGAGAGCGAUGACCUCUCCUUCCUCCAGUUUUCAGACGACGGAUUGGUCUCGCUGGACCAUGGGUCGCUGAUGUUGGCUGUGGGGAGCGGCAAGUUCGAGAAAUUUACGAGCGAGGACGAGUUUGAUCCUGUCAGCAUGUUUACAAACAUGUCGAAUAUGAGUGGGGAUGAUCUCUACUUUGGGCCUGCGUAGUCAACAGCCUGGGUAAGAAAGGUGGUACGUUUGAUCGGGGUAGGGGGCUUCUUGCGUGUGUCAGUGAUGGCUUUGGGUUGCUGGCUUUUUGGGGCAGUCUCUGUUCUUGAAUUGCUGGCAUUGGGAUAGAUCUCC